UUUGCGAAUCUAAAAAAUCUAGAAAGGUAAUGAAUGAUAUAUUAUUAAACGCAUCCGCUGAACAGUUGUUAUGCUUCGUUGAAAUUUGUUUUAAUUUAUUAAAGGGGCGUUUACCUUUUCAUAAAAAUAGAAUUAUUAAUUUGCAAAAACAUGCAAAUAUAUUGAGGAAAAUCAGUAGAUCUAGAAGUGCUUCCUCAACACGAUGUUUAUUACAACAAGGAAACGGGAUUUAUCCUUUAGCGGGUAUUCUUGCAAGUCUAGUUUUACCUUUAAUUACCGAAAAAAUUUUUAAAUAAUAUAAAUAAAAUUUGAUAAUAUAAAUUUUAAUUAACAAUGAAGCGAAUGAUAUUAAUUCCUGAGGAUUUUUAUGAAAGUUUAGUAAGUAGUGAUAAAAUUGAUGGGAAUGGAGACGGGACGGCCUUAGGCUUAAUAAAAGAACGUUUACAAAACAGUAGUGCAAGCAAUAAUUCGUUAGAUCCUACAACAAGAGCAGCUCGUUACGAGCAGGAUUUUAAAAGGUAUAACAAGCUUAUUAAAGAAAAAGAAGAGAAGCCUAUUGAUGUGAAACUCAAAAAUUUUGAAGAGAUUGCUGAUGCCGUAAGUAAAAAUGUCGAUUUAAAUAAAAGUCCAGUGGAAACAAAAAACGAGAUUAAUAAAAAUAAAAUUUCUAGAAAAAUUAUAAUAAGAAAACCCAAAAGAAACUCAAUUGGUAAAGUUACAUUAAGAAAGAGAAUCAAAUUUUCAAAUCCAGCUGUAAAGAUAGAAAAUCCUGAUGAAAUUGAGAAUGAAGAGGGUGAAGAAUUCUUUUCAGCAGAUAGUGAAACAGAUCCUAAGGAAGAAGCUCGUCAAUAUUUGAGAGAUCAUGCUAAUGAACUUGGCAUAUUGCCCAGUGGUAAGUUAGCCAGAAGAUUAGGUACUCAAGAAUCCUUUGUCACAAGUAAUAUUGAAGAAAUUUUAAGCUAUAUAAUUAAAAAUAAAGGUAAACGCAAAAGACCAAUCCCUACUGGUUAUGACGAGUUUAUUCGUAGAAUAAAUAGCCAUUCGAUUUUACAAAAUAUACUUUUUCCUUCGAAAUCUUCAACUAGCAACCAAGAAGGUGAAGGAAUUUUUAAACACACCUUUUCAUAUAAACCAUCAUUAUGGCAAAAUUAA